AUGCCGUGCAAAGAAGCAACGGUCUUACUAUUAUGUCAAAUAUUACUUGAAUUUGACGGACAAUUCGCUUUGUGUAAUUUUUUCCUAGUCGAUAACCUUUCAAGGAUGUCGACAGUCGGCUUCAUCGGAUUGGGCAACAUGGGCGCCCAUAUGGCGCGAAAUUUAAUGAAGAACGGGCGCAAACUUGUGGUCUAUGAUAUCAACAAGACUGUGCUGGCUGCUUUCAAAGUUGACGGCGCUACAGUAGCUGAAUGUCCGGCUGAAGUGGCUGCAGCUUCCAAGGACAUAAUCACCAUGCUUCCGAGCAGUCCUCAUGUUAAGAAAGCAUAUGGAGGAGAUGAUGGUCUCUUAAGAGAGAUGCAGCCUGGAACUUUAUGCAUAGAUUCGUCCACUAUUGAUCAAACAGCAUCCAUUGAGGUAGCAGAAUGGUGUGCAAAGAAGCAGAGCAAAUAUGUAGAUGCACCUGUUUCGGGCGGAGUGACAGGUGCGCAAAACGCAACACUCACGUUCAUGCUUGGGAGUGGGAACUGUCAGAAAACUUUCGAUCGUGCUGCAGCAAUUAUUAAGCUGAUGGGAAAGAAUGUGGUCAACUGUGGAGAUGUAGGGGCAGGCCAAGCAGCUAAAAUUUGCAAUAAUAUGCUGCUAGCCAUAGAAAUGGCUGGAGUUGCGGAAACAAUGAAUCUUGGAGUCAAGAUGGGUUUGGACCCAAAAGUUUUGGCUGGAAUAAUUAAUACCUCUUCUGGCCGCUGCUGGUCUUCUGAUACGUACAACCCUGUGCCUGGUGUAAUUGAAGGUAUCCCUCCCAGCAACGGUUAUCAAGGCGGCUUUGGCACCGCUCUCAUGGCAAAGGAUCUCUCGUUGGCACAAAACGCUGCAACAACAACUCAGGCACCGACACCACUUGGAUCCUUGGCGCAUCAGAUUUAUCGCCUUCUCGCCCAAGAUCCUAGAUAUGCCACCAAAGAUUUUGGAGUUGUUUAUCAGUUUUUGAAAGAACAGAAGUAG